AUCACCUCUUCAUCAUGGCUGACUAUGAGGCAAUGAAGGCCCUACAUGAGUCACUUCCACCAUUCAAGCCCAUCAUCAACGUUGCGCUCCUUCCUUAUCUUGCAUUCAUUCUACUCUCGUCUAUCUUCGCUUUAGGGUUCUACUUCACAACUCUUCCAAAAUCAACUGUCCCUACUCGCGAAAUCCCAGUAGCUGUAUUGGCAAGUGUCCUGGGGGGAUUCGGCGUCGUCGCGCUCUUCUGUUCAGUUGGUGUUUACGUCUAGACCUUGCGGAGCAACAAUUGUGUUAAGUAGCACGCCUUUCAGUUGUUGACACGCCAACCAUGUUGGCAUGCAGUGCACUGGAUAGCAUGAGUUGAGAUGGGAGAUUGCAGGAAUAUAAGUGAGGCGUACUGUGUAGAAGAUUGUUGCACCUUCGUCAGCACUACGCAACUAAGGUUAUGGCUGGGUGAGAGAAGCGCCUUUGAUUGAUUCUUCGCACCGGACAGACCUGUAACUCUUUGAAGUAUGCUUUCAGAUUUCCACAUGUGGGACAUUUUUCGUCAACCUUGAAACAGACCGAGUUAGCUUGAUUCCCAUAACGUAUUCCCGAUAGCUCGUACCAAAGCUCCCUUGUCGCCC